AUGGAGAAUGUCUUCAGCUACCUCUCCGUUUGCUACCACAGGCUCCCCUACAGGUUGUUAAUCCUAGGAUUAGUCGCCGUGGAUUUGCUCUGCACGGUGUAUGUAACCUUUGAGCUUCCUCCGUUCACGGGAGGAUAUAACUUCCUAACGGACGACCGUGUAGUAGUUAUGAUCAGAGGACUACGACUGCAUGGUGGUUUUAUUAAUGUCAUUAUCUCAAUUAUUUGGUUCCACUUCAACAAAGAUAUUAUCAGUAAUGUCGAGGUUGAAUUAAACCUUCUGGGUGUCAACUUUGUAAAUGGUGCUGCAGUUACGAGGUUGUUGAUCAUAACAUUAAUGGGCUUGGAUUUGUUCUGCACGGUGUAUGUUACCAGCAAUCUUCCGCCGUUCUUGGGAGGAUACAAAUUCUUAACAUAUGACCGUGUAGUAAUUGCAAUGAGACGACUACGACUGUAUGGUGGUUUAAUUAAUGUCAUUAUCUCUAUUAUUUGGUUCUACUUCAACAGAAAUAUUAUCAGCAAUGUAGAGGUUGAAUUAAACCUUCUGGAUGUUAACCUUUAUCCAGUUCUGAUGGUGAUUCGAUCCUGUAAUGAAUUGGACAAGAAGAUAGCAAAAAGAGAGCGAAAUACACACGUAUACAGAGGGACGCCGUUGGUGAGGGUAGUGUCUAUGAUGGAUAUUGACGUAGGACGAAGACAUACUUUUGAUUCUGAGAGGAACGAAUCUCAUGUUUGUGGUUGA